UUUAUUGCAAAUCAUAUUUCAUUUUAAUUCAAAUUAUUUAUAGAUCAUAUUCGAAAAUGUCAAUGUUUCAUUGGUAGUAAAAAAGAGUGACACUUUUUAAUAAAUCUUUGAAAUAUAUACUUGAUGAUGAAACAAAAUACUUUUUCCUUGAAAUAAAAUAAGCAGUACAUGUUAUAACAAAAUGUGGAGAUUUUCACAAAGAAUUUGGGUACAAAGUAAAUUAAUUCGUCGAAAUCUAUUUCAAAAAAAUGAAACGUUCGUUAGACGGUUCACUAGUAAAUCAGACCAUGAAAAACAAAAUAAUGAGUUGCUUAAAGCAUCAAAACAAAGCAAAAAUUGCCAGUUAGUCGUUAAAAAUGUCAAAGAUUUAGAUUUAUAUGAGACUGUUCUUGUAGUAAAUGAUUUUUUAAGAAAUGAAAAAAAUCGAAAGUUCUUCAAGAACCAUGGACUUCUUGAUGAAGACGUGGACUUUCUCAAUAAAGAUUUUCUGGAAUAUUGUUUACAAAAUGAACCUGACAAUCGUGAAUUACUUUUACUGCAAAAUAAACUAUAUGAUAUCAUCGAAGGUGUUGCUCAACCAGACGACAUGUUUCCAUUCUUUUUAAAUUUUGUAAAAUAUAUGUUACCAGAUAGUAGUUGCGUUACGGAUAUGUUUGUGACCUAUUUUUCGAAUCAAAUAUCUACUCCAGAGAUGAGAGAACUUUUUCAAAAAAACACCGAUUUGAGAAAUCCAUCAGCAUGGUAUCCACUGGCUCGUAGUAGGCCUCGGAAAAUUAUCUUUCACGCUGGUCCAACAAACUCAGGUAAAACUUAUCGCGCAAUGCAACGUUUUCGAGAAGCCAAGACUGGCGUCUAUUGCGGCCCAUUGAGACUAUUGGCGCUUGAGAUUUUUCAAAAAAGCAAUAAAAUGGGAACACCGUGUGAUUUAGUGACGGGCGAAGAACGACGAUAUGGCAAUUCAGAUAGAUCCGAAGCAAAUCACAUAUCAGUCACAGUUGAAAUGAUACCGCUAAAACGAAAAUUUGAUGUUGCAAUUAUCGAUGAAAUACAACUGUUUAAACACGAUGAACGUGGAUACGCUUGGACACGUGCUCUUUUGGGAUUAAACGCUGAUGAGAUUCAUGUAUGCGGUGAGGCUGGUACCAAAGAAAUACUAGAGCGAUUGUGUCGAACCACUGGCGAAACUCUUGAAUACCAUCAUUAUGAUCGUUUGACGCAACUCACUGUCGAAGACAAAGCACUCGAUUCAUUGGAGAAACUCGAACCAGGCGAUUGUAUUGUUUGUUUUGACAAAAAUGACAUAUUCACUGUUUCACGUGACAUUGAAAAAUUAGGUAAAGAGGUGGCUGUGAUUUAUGGAAGUUUACCACCAAACACAAAAUUAGCUCAGGUGGCAAAAUUCAAUGAUCCAAACAAUCCUUGUAAAAUUAUGGUUGCAAGCGAUGCCAUCGGAAUGGGUUUGAAUUUGAGUAUACGACGUAUUAUAUUUUAUUCAAUGCGCAAAUUAUCGAAAAGACGUGAUAAAAAAGUUUCCAUCACAACAUUGACGACAUCACAAACAUUACAAAUUGCUGGUCGAGCUGGUCGAUUUGGAACUCAAUGGGAACAUGGAUAUGUCACAACAUAUAGAAAUUGUGAUUUGAGAAAAUUCAAGAAUAUUUUCGUGCAAAAGCCAGAACCAAUCGAACAAGCUGGUCUCGCUCCUUGUGUCGAACAAAUUGAAUAUUUUGUCAAUCAUUUUCCCAACUUAUCUCUAAGAAGCGCAAUGGACUUUUUUACGAAGAUAUGCAAAUUUAAUGAUGAUUUAUACUUUAUGUGCUGUAUGGAUGAUGUCAUGACAUUGGCCGAUAUCAUUGAUAACAUUGAUUUGCCAUUCACAGUUCGAUAUGUGUACUGCCAUGUGCCGAUUGAUGCAAGAAAAUUUUCUUGUACCAUAUUCAAAGCGUUUGCAGAACAACAUAGUCAAUGUAAACCAAUUACAUGGGAUUUCGUUGCUAAUAAUUGUGGAUUUCCCGUGAAAUAUCCGAUUCUGUCUAUGAAUGAUUUAACAAACUUAGAAAGAAUAUACGAAGUUUUACAUAUGUACUUAUGGUUAAGUAAUCGUUUUGAGGCAAUGUAUCCACAUGCAGAUCAAGUGCGAUUAGCUCAAGCACAAUUGGAAAAGAUGAUCCAAAAAGUGUUGGAUCAAAAAAAUUAGUUUUAAUAAAAUUGUCAAUUCAUUCUGUC